CGGAGAUCUGUUUCACUUCUUCUCUAACAAACUAAUUUCGGAGUCAAAACGGAAUUGACUCUUGAAGACCGCUCCGGCGAUUCUACCGCCGUUCGUCUCCGGCGGUCGAUUUUGUACUGACAUUUUACUUACUUGUUCGAAGCGACUUCCAAUUUUUACCUAAUCAAACGCGGUUCGAGAAUGGGUUGUAUCGGAUCUUCUCAGGCCAGAAAUGAAGGCGGAGUGAAAAGGAAGAAAAUCAGGAAACCUAAACCGUGGGCACAUACUGAGCCAAUCACAAGGGCACAACUUACGAAUAUGCGUGAGGAAUUUUGGGAUACUUCUCCCCACUAUGGUGGUCAAAGUGAGAUAUGGGAAGCACUUCGAGCUGCUGCUGAAGCUGAUUUGAAACUAGCACAAACUAUUGUUGACAGUGCAGGUGUGAUUGUUCAGAACCGUGACCUAACAUUGUGUUGGGAUGAAAGAGGUGCUAGAUAUGAGCUUCCUAGGUAUGUUCUAAGUGAGCCCACGAAUUUGAUUCGAGAGUAGGGACUGUAAGUUCCAUGAACAUUGACACAAAAAGCAAAUCUUAGUAAUAGUAAGUAGUAGAAGACUAGAAUCUGAUGUCUCUCAUAUUGAAUACUUUUAGCAAUUGAUAGUAGUACACACUCUCUGUAUAGUUACUGGAAUCUAAAGUGUGAGAUGGUGACACGUGGUGUUUGAGGUACAGAUGUACAGUCAGGAUUUGUGAACUUUUUUGAGGGUCAAAAUGAUCUAAUUAACCCUUUGACAGUUG